AUGUCACCGGACAAGAAGAUCCAAGUCCAGAAAAUCCUACAAAUCUAUGAUGUAGACAUUCUCAUAAUUAUGGAAGUAAACAUUUCGGAUGACAAACUGAAGUACUACCAAUUCCCAGGUUACACCCUGUACCUUCUACGUAAAUACCGGCAAGUCGCAAGUGGAAUUCUAACUGGAGUAAAAGAAGGCCUCACCUCACACUACGAUCUAAUCAAGAGUAUGGGCUUGUCACAAGACAAAUGUGAAAUAAUCAGAUUAAAUAUAUGGAAAUGUCAAGACCACUUCAAGAUAUAUGCAGUCUAUAAUCCACCUCAGAAUUGUCCAAACUUUGACUAUCUGAACAUUUCACACAAAAUUGUAGUAUUGGGAGACUUCAACGCCCAUUCCACCAGAUGGGGCUACAAGUACACAAAAAUAGAUGGAAAGGAAAUUGAAGACAUGGUAAACAGCAACCCUCUGGAACUUAUUUACAGCAAUGAGGAUCCGGCCACAUAUUUCCACUACAAUGGAACCAGAACAACUCCUGACUUACUUCUGGCUUCAAGCGACAUCAGUGAGCAUACACGCCGCAAAAUAAUUGACCAUCCUGAUUCUGGUCACAAACAAGUCAUUGCUAGAACUGAAAAGAAAUCGGGACGCCCUACUAAACAACUUGAGGACCUGAAAAGAAAGCCCGAGGCCCUUCGCAACACUGCUGAUCAGACUGGAAGAACGGAUGACGUUCAAGCCUGGAGACAUCAAUCGACUGCCCUAAGGCAGGCCAUCUUACAAGCAAACGGUCUUCUUUCGACAACCCCUAAGAAAAACGCUGAGGAGAGAAUUGAAAGUGCCCUAAAUUGUGUAACUCAACUACUAGCAAACUGGUACGACAACAAUGGAAUGCAAUCAACUCCACGAAAACUGCGUUGCAAAAAUUGUUUUGCCCGUCACAGCAUAAACCUGCUUCUAAGGUACAAGGAUACUACCAUAGAAAAAACCUAUGAGUUCACAUAUCUCGGAAUGACUUUUGACACAAAGCUAAAGUGGAAAAGUCACAUUGCUAAAAUGGCAGAACGAACCUCCAAUAGACUGAAUGUACUGAAGCGUCUCGCUGGAGGAAAUGGAGAAGACCCACCUGAUGUGAAACCUACAGGAGGAAAUGGAGAAGACCCAUCUGAUUCUCUACAGGAGAAAAUGGAGAAGACCCACCUGAUUCGGUGUUCAAAGGAGGAAAUGGAGAAGACCCACCUGAUUCGGUGUCUAGCGAUCAACCCACAUGCCCUCUAUGUAACCUACAGGAGGAAAUCUGGCGAAGCACCUUCACAGAUUAGGAGAGGAAAUGGAGAAGACCUACCUGAUUUGGUGUUUAGCGCUCAAGACAAGGACGAAAAUCCAAAGAUACUGGGAAGCAAGAAGACAGCUAAUGAACUGUGUUAA